CACUCCGUCAUCUGUCUAUCAGCUCUGUGGAAGGACCUUCUGUUAUGUGUGCCCCUGUCCUGCCGGGGUGUGGAUGGUGCCCAGGACUCAGCCAGAGACCAGUUGAAGACGUACUCCUUGGAAGCUCUUACACCGGGAGUUCCCGCCUCGGGAGCUGGGCUUGCCAUGGCGUUCCGUCGGACUGAGGGUAUGUCCAUGAUCCAGGCUCUGGCCAUGACUGUGGCUGAGAUACCAGUCUUCCUGUAUACCACGUUUGGUCAGUCUGCAUUCUCUCAACUGCGGUUGACACCAGGCCUGAGGAAGGUUCUUUUUGCCACAGCCCUUGGGACUGUGGCCUUGGCCCUGGCCGCCCACCAGCUGAAGAGGCGCCGGCGGAAGAAGAAGCAGGUGUGCCCCGAGGUGGGAGGUGAGCAGCUGGGCACGGUACCCAUGCCCAUCCUCAUGGCCCGCAAGGUCCCUUCCGUGAAGAAAGGCUACUCCAGCCGGAGGGUUCAGAGCCCCAGCAGCAAGAGCAAUGACACCCUCAGCGGCAUCUCCUCCAUCGAGCCCAGCAAGCACUCGGGCUCCUCCCACAGCUUGGCCUCGAUGGUAGUGGUCAAUUCAUCCAGCCCCACAGCUGCGUGCUCAGGUUCAUGGGAAACCAGAGGGAUGGAAGAGUCUGUGCCCACCACCGAUGGCAGUGCCGAGAGCCUCUAUGUGCAAGGCAUGGAGCUGUUUGAGGAAGCCCUGCAGAAAUGGGAGCAGGCGCUGAGUGUGGGCCAGAGAGGGGAUGGGGGCAGCACCCCCACACCAGGGGAUAGCCUCCAGAACCCAGACACCUCGUCCGAGGCACUGUCGGAGCCAGAGUCCCAACGGAGGGAGUUUGCUGAGAAGCUGGAGUCCCUGUUGCACCGGGCCUACCACCUGCAGGAAGAGUUUGGCUCCACUUUCCCCUCUGAGGGCAUGCUGCUGGACCUUGAGAGGACCCUCAUGCUGCCCUUGACGGAGGGCUCACUGCGUCUGCGGGCUGAUGAUGAGGACAGCCUGACCUCGGAGGACUCCUUUUUCUCAGCCACUGAGCUCUUUGAGUCCCUGCAGGUUGGAGAUUUCCCGCUCCCUCUCUCCAGACCUGCUGCUGCCUACGAGGAGGCUCUGCAGCUGGUGAAGGAGGGGAAAGUCCCGUGUCGAACGCUCAGGACUGAGCUGCUGGGCUGCUACAGUGACCAGGACUUUCUGGCCAAGUUGCACUGUGUACGGCAGGCCUUUGAGGGCCUUCUAGAAGAGAAGAACAACCAGGUCUUCUUCGGGGAGGUCGGCCGGCAGAUGGUGACAGGCCUAAUGACCAGGGCUGAGAAGAGUCCCAAAGGCUUCCUGGAGAGCUAUGAGGAGAUGCUGAGCUACGCCCUGCGGCCUGAGACCUGGGCUACCACCCGGCUGGAGCUGGAGGGCAGAGGGGUGGCGUGCAUGACUUUCUUCGACAUUGUGUUGGACUUUAUCCUCAUGGAUGCCUUUGAGGACCUGGAGAACCCCCCAUCUUCGGUGCUUGCUGUCCUGCGGAACCGCUGGCUGUCCGACAGCUUCAAGGAAACAGCCCUAGCCACCGCGUGCUGGUCUGUCCUGAAAGCCAAGAGGAGGCUCUUGAUGGUGCCCGACGGCUUCAUCUCCCAUUUCUACUCCGUAUCGGAGCAUGUCAGCCCCGUGUUGGCCUUUGGCUUCCUCGGACCCAAGCCCCAGCUGGCGGAAGUCUGUGCUUUCUUUAAGCACCAGAUUGUGCAGUACCUGAGGGACAUGUUUGACCUGGACAAUGUGCGCUACACAUCGGUGCCAGCCCUGGCAGAAGACAUCCUACAGCUGUCCCGGCGCCGCAGCGAGAUCCUCCUGGGCUACCUGGGGGUACCAGUGGCUAGCAGCACCGGGCUGAAUGGACCACUGCCUCGAGAGAAUGGGCCCCUGGAAGAGCUGCAAUAAUAUGGGGGACAGGCUGGAGGGGAGAGGGAAGGCUGCCCUUCCGUUCCUUUCGGUUGGCAUCCAAGGGCCAGGGGGGCCAAAGGCCAUCCCAACACCCAGAGGACAGACUCAUGGAGUGGAGCCACUAGGAGCCUCUCCAGCUGCCCCGGGGCUCCCUGGGCAGCAGAAGCAGGCCAGAGACAGCAGGGUCUGACUGGGGGAGGCAGUGAGAGAGGAGGCUGUGGUAGAGAAUCGCUCCGAGUGUGGACCCCAGGACCCCAGUCCCCUCUGGGCUGCAGCCAGGACAA